UCGGAGACACUGGCCUCUUUAGAAGUCUUGUCUUUGAAAAUAGUGUUGCUUUAAAAAGUAAUUUUUAAACCCAUAUUAUUAUUACUAUUAUUAAAUAUGUCAAAUGAGUUCUCCGUCAUAAACACAAACAAAACAAAUCUCAUGGUGAUUGGGCUAGUGGUGACGCCGGUGAAAAUGUUUAGGUAAGACAUUUUCAAAAUAAAAUAACCAACCUCAACGCCCCAAAUAUAUUCAAUUUAGAAGUUGAGGCUGGAGAAGAUAUUAGGUUUGUGUUGAGAUCUAAACCUGAAUUGCCUCUCUUUACAGAGUUCAACACGCGACCAGUAAAAAUGAGCUUUCAAACUACCGCCAAAGUUUGGGUUCCUUUCCCUCCAGGCUCUCCCAAAAAAGAAGCUGAAGCCCUCAAGGCGGUUCGGCGACUUAUGAAUCAGGUUACUCCGAGAAACUACAAACAAUUAAAAGAUUACUUCAGCGAUGCCAUUAUAAUGAACAGCUAUCAUAUGACGUCGAUAGUGGACCUAAUUUUUAACAUAGCGGCAACUAAAGAAUGUUACUCGCUAGAGUACGCGAGGUUAUGUAAAUAUGUAUCGGACGUGAAAAACCCCUUAGGUUCUAGUCCUGAAGCAGCGUCUUUCAAGACGGCCAUCUUGGAAAAAUGCCAACGAGAGUUCGGAAAGAAGUCCAGAUUUCACAGGAAGUAUAAAAUGUUCUCGGAUCAGGUUUGGAAAUGCAUUGAUCAAGAUCAGAAAACUGAGUUCCAUAUAGAACGUGGAAACCGGUAUGAUAAAGAUACUAAACUGCUGGUGGAAACUAAUGAAGAUGAAACUGGAGACUGCAAAAAGAGUUAUGGCGGUCAACCUAAGGCUUCGGAUAUACCAGCGCUACCCAAGUCUGUUGGUCUCAUCACGUUUGUGGGAGAACUGUACAAGCAGGAUUUACUCUGUGAUGAAAUAAUACUUACAAUUCUGCAAGACUUGACAGCUAAUAUUCAUUGUCCUGAAAAAGUCGAAAGUUUCUACAAACUUCUUGUACUGAUCGGUCCAUUUUUCUGGUCCCAAGUUGACGACGAAGGCAUGAAUCUCAUCGAUAAUUGCAUGAAUGAUGUCAAGAAGCACUUCCAAGUUGUGGAAGAUCGCCGCAUCAAGUUCUUGUUAAUGAAGGCGAUCGAUUUAUACGACAACGGAUUCGUAUACAAACAAUGCUUUCAGAACCAACCUACCAACAACUCGGGUUACCAACUUUCCGAAGACAAGUUACAAAACCAGCGCCGAAAUCUCGGCUACAACUACCGAGUUGGUCCAUACGUGACGAACUCGAAGCUCCGCGGUUUGGAAACGAUUAACUCUGCGACGACCAAGCACGAUGAACUUGCUCUCCGCAGGGCUGUUGGAAUAAUAACGUUUGUUGGAGAACUGUACAAGCAAGGUAUGCUUCGUCCUAAAAUCAUGCUUACAAAUUUGAAAGAUCUGGCGGCUGAUAUUCAUCGCCCCGGAAAGGCAGAAUUUUUUUGCAAACUGUUCACCAUCAUUGGUCCUGUUUUGUGGAACCAAGUUGGCACUAAAGGCAAGAACAUCAUCGAGAAUGUCAUGAAUGAUGUCAAGAAGCACUCGCAAGAUACGGAAUAUCAUCGCAUCCAGUAUGUGUUAAAUGAUGCGAUCGUUUUAUACGACGAUGGAUUCGUGGACAAGCGUGCUUGUCAGAUACCGCCUCUCCACAAACCAGUGCCGCAGAUCAGGGAAAGACUAGGAGAUUCUGCUGGUAGAGAUGCUGGUGGCAGAGAUGCUGGUGGCAGAGAUGCUGGUGGCAGAGAUGCUGCUGGCAGAGAUGCUGGUGGCAGAGAUGCUGGUGAGAGAUGCUGAUGAAAGAGAUGCUGGUGUCAGAUGCACGGAUGUAAAAUAAGUUCUAGAAGGCACUGAAUGGGAGGCGACAACAGUAGAGAUCGACCGUGACAUGUCAGUUGGAAGCCAGUAGUUAUACAGCUAGCAACCCAUGUAACGGCUAUGUCAACUUGCUGUAGCCGCGCAUCUUAGUGACUUUAGCAUAGCUGACAAGCACUGCCUUUAUUGGUGAGUUACACAACUAACUUAUACUUCGGACAUAGUAGUGAAUUAAAUGAUUGCCUAUUAUUGUGCAUAAAUUAAGAAUUAAUUCAACUGUGAUUGUCAUUUCUUGUUUAGUGAACAAACUUGUUAGUGUUGAAAUAUAAUUUAUUUCACGUGUAGGGUUGCGGAGCUUUCGUCAGUGUACUACUGGAGAGCGGGCCGUGGACCAGAUUAAUUAAUGGUCGAGUUUUAAGAUCCAAUCUGGGGUGCCUUAGGGUCAAGGAGGUGUCCUGAUCUCAUGUUGAGACAGUAAAGCCGCUACCAGUAUUUUGUAUCUAUAAUGCCAGGUAAAUACAUUUAGUAUUCCUUUCAUUACAAUUAAAGUAAAUAUAUUUCUUCAUAACAGCAUUUCUUACUUGUUAUACGAGUGUAGGUAUCACUAUCACAGCCACGCAUCAUUAUCACAGUCCCGCAUCACUCAAUUAACAUUAACCGUAUGAGUAAAAUUAAGAUUUUCAAUAGAGCUGCCCCAGAACUCGUAACUUUCUCAAAAGUACGGCCCUAGAACUUGAGACUUCAACCCACGAUUCGGAACUCAAGAUUUGUUACUAUUAAAAAAUAUUUUCACCAUUUAGACAAAUAGUUGAUUAUGGCGGCAG